UCUAUAUAAACCGUGUCUGCACUCUUACUCUAAACUUCCACCAUAUAAUCUUCUCUCUCUAUGACUCUCUCUCUCUCUAGAACUUGUUGGUUUCUGUUGCCGCUCAGACACAACUGAGAAUUGAUCAGCUUUGUUAAUUAGUGUGGUUGAGAACUGGUGGGAGGUGAUAAGACAUAACAAGAAUAUGGAUAUUAGGGUAUACUUGUGAAGGGAAGUUUAAUUGAUUUGAUCAAACUAAUUAAGGGUUGAUCAUAAUUAUAGUAAUUAAUUAGGUUAAUUGAAGGUGUCUGAGUUGGGUCGUUGAUGGUGAAGAUCAUGAAGAAGAGUCCGAGCGAGACCGCGAAACUUGACCGGAAGACCAUCGAGAGGAACCGGAGAAUCCACAUGAAAGAUCUCUGCUUUAAGCUUGCUUCCCUCGUUCCUCACCACCACUCUAAGCACUACUCUAAGGAAAUGUUGACACAACAAGAUCAGAUUGAUCUCGCGGCGUCAUACAUAAGCCAAUUGAGAGAAAGAAUAGAGAAGCUAAAGGCUAAGAAGGAACAAGCAACGAAGUCUUUAAACGGAAGUACUGAUAUGAGCGGCAGCGAAGUUCUCGAUGAUCAUCAGAGGAUGAGGAUCGGAGCAAGGUUGCCGGUGAUCGAGUUAAAGGACUUGGGUUGCAGCAUAGAAGUGAUUUUGAUAAGCGGUCUGCAGAAGAGCUUCAUGCUGUAUGAAGUGAUUAGUGUUCUUGAGGAAGAAGGAGCUGAAGUUGUUAGUGCUAGCUUUUCUACUGUGGAUGACAAAGUUUUCUACACACUCCAUGCUCAGGUGAAACUUUCAAGAGUUGGAGUAGAGACCUCAAGGGUAUGGGAAAGACUUCAGGACUUGGUUUACUGAUAAGCCUAAUAUAUAUCUAUAUAUAUAUAUAUAUAUGUAUGUAAGUAUGUAUAGAGCAUGGUUUUGCUUCAAGUAGCGCAAACAUGGAAGAAGAUUCGCACCAAAUCAAACGAGUGGUUGCUAUUCCAUGGGAACGGAUAUAAGUGAAUUCCUACUUUGGCAUAUAUUUGAUAUGGCCACGCCAUUAGACA